GAUAUGCAAAUAUCGAUCGGAUCGGCACGAUAUAGCUAGAUUUAGCUUGACCGUUCACCAAGCAUGACUACGCUCCGGGACGCUCUGUCCAACUUGGAGGAACAGACCUACCAGAUCCAUGACCUCGCCAUCCAGACGGCCUCGCGACCCCUCGCUGGUAGGUUCACCCGAGCCUACCUUGACGGCAACAAGAACAUUUUCAGCACCAUUCGGGAAGCGGCUCACCACGAGCGAGGAUUGUUCACUUUUGUCGGAGAGAGUGGUUUGGAUGACCAGGGCCAACCUCAGCGGGAGGGGAUGCCUUCGGCGUCGUUCGUGGAGAGGAGGAAACAAGAGGUGGUGACCCCCUUGAGGAAAGCUCCGGCGGCAGGGGGUGACGACCCGAUCAAGUUACUGGACAAGGCGUUGACGUUGGUGGAUGAAUACCAAUCGAUGCCCCGGGCUAGGGCUCAUGUGGUAGACCUCAUGGAAUCUUUCAUGUCCACGCAACAAGCCAUCAAGGACCUCGAGCAACAGAUUGAAGAGGCCAAACAAGGCGGAUCGAAAAUUCCACACAAAGCGAAUCGAUCGGCUGAAGCCAUCCCUGCAGAGGAAGAAGCCGAACCUACUUUUGACAAUCCGGACGAUUGGUUGAGAGCGGAAGAAGAGGCCGUCAAGAGGUUGGAGAAGGAAAUUGCCAAGAAGAGGCGACACCAACCACAUUUGGCAUCUCGUUCCCGAGUUGCAGGCCAAAACGCUGAACUAGAAUCUACGCCAUCGCCCACGCUUUUGACUCGUACUUCCCAACCCUUGUUCAUGGCCUCGCCCGGAUCCCCGUUGAAAUCGAUGAGGUUCCCGGCGUCUCCCAGGCGUCGAAUCCAGACCAAGGAAAAGUCGGACAUGCAGACCCCGUUGAGUAUGGCCCUGAAUGCACCUCAAUCUCCCGAGACCCCUGUGAAUGCGACCGGGUCUGAGAGCGCUACUACCACACCGACUCGAACUGGAACGUCCGGCUCGCCUGGUCGAUCACUCGGCGCCAGCGGGAACGUCAGACCCGCCACAACUACGUCUACCCCUCGAUUCGCGCAGACGACCACAAGCUUGGCGGCCAAGAUCAACGCGCUCACGCCUCAUCGGUCCAAGGGUUCACCUUCGGCCAACGAGAGACGACGAGUCACUUCUUACGCUGCGACGCAAGAUGUCAGUCCGGGUCCUUUCUUGGCGGGUGGGACAUCCGGGUCAGGGCCGAUGUCGGGAAGAGGGAGACGAGUGGGGUUGUUUGGUCUCGGACGUAGCGUCAACAGUGGCAAGGAGACAGAGGUGAAUUCGAAAGAGAAGGCCAGUCAGGGUGCCGAUCCGACGACACCGCAACAAACCGGACGACGUGCAGAUCCAGUGGGAGAGUCGACCGUCAUAGAGGCCCGUCCUGAUUCUGAUCCUAGCCCAAGCGGCGUUGAAGAGGUCGGAGACGAGACGAUCACCGGACCUGUUGGUCAGGAACCUUCUAUGGAACCCGAUCAGACGGAGGAAACAGGACAGGAACCGGCCGUGAUUGAGGGUGUCAAGGUGGAUUCGCCGGCCGUCAAGUAUGGGAUCGACACGAUUUGGGCGGCUGUUCCCGAGAUCCUAAGGACUGAAGAAGCUCCACCGGAAGUCUGCGCAGGAGGGAGAUUGGACAUUGGGGAUACGAUCAAACUCUUGGUCAAGAUCGCGGCUGUUACGGACAUCCGUGCGCCUUCGCCUUCCAACGUCUCGGUCGCCUCUAGUAGCUUGCAUUCCGCUACCGGCCAACCACCUCCCCAGGUCAAACCCCCACCUACGACUGAUUCGAACGUGAUUACCUGCCACAUGCUAAUGACCAUUUUACGGACGGACGAAGCUGUGGUGGUGUGGCCCGAGCUGAAGAAAUAUCUCGAAGGGAUCUGCAAGGAAAAGGGCUGGGAGACGGGCUUGGGCCAGAAAGCAUUCUACGGAGCGGUGGCCAAGAAGGUGAUCAAGCUCGAUCGAAGGGGCGCUGUCAGGGGUGGAACGGUCGCGUUUCACAAGUAGACCCGAGGUGCCGGUAUUCAUAUUGUAUAUUCUUCCUGAAGGGUUGUUUCACCUCGUGUCUCUUUCGCAUCGCAAUCAACUAUAAUUUCUCACGUGACUCUUCUCGGU